AUGGCCCUGAUACGCAGCACCAUGCAACUCCCCGCUCGCCACAACUUCUGCCUGCUCGUCCGUCAUGUCCGUCUGGUUCCGACGCGGAGACUGCCCCAUCAUCACUCGCCAGUGCCCAAUCCGACAACGGAUAGUCGCAUCCGUCUGCAGCUCACAAGCCGCACGCAUAACAUCCCGCCGGAUGUCCACCUCCCGCCGGAGGAUCGGCUGCAGACACCACCGCCGCAAGCAACGGUUCUGCGAGCCAACGCUUCGCCGCCCGCUGUCUAUUGUUCUGGUCGCCAGCCCCGCUUGCAUAACAUCCCUCCGGAUGUCCACCUCCCGCCGGAGAAUCGCUUACCGCCGCAAGCCACGGCUACGCAAGCCAACGCUUACGUGCCACUCCAUGCGUCCACCCGCAAGGCUAACUCGCUAGCCACCGCUCUCUCAGCUCGAGCAGAGCACCUGAUUGCAAACUCGGUAGCCACUGGUACACAGCGCACGUACGCCCCAGGCUGGCGUGCAUUCCUGGAGUUCAUGGGUCGCAUGCGCCGCGACGCACAUCACCCAGAUCAGAACGACGUCAUGCUGUUCGCUGCCGCAAUGUCUCACUCAGUCAGUGCCAGCACUCUGAGAGUCUACCUGGCCGCGGUCAAAUACCACCUCCUCCGCAUGGGAGGCCCAGUCGGGGUUACAUCCUCAAGCCGCAUCACAGCCCUGCUCAAGGGCUUAGAGAGAGCGUCGCUUCCCAGGCAUCCGUCAGCACGCCCUCAGCGCCAAGCGAUCACCGUCCACCAGCUGAAGGCUCUCCGCCAGUUCUUGGAUCUGUCCUUGUACUCCCCGGCAGACAGACUAAUGCUAUGGGCUGCUCUGACGACAGCCUUCCACGGCCUGCUGCGUGUGAGUGAGUACACGUCGCUGUCACCACACGGCCUCGGCGGCUUCAAGACGCUGAGGUGCGAACACCUCCAACUAGCCCAGCAGGAGGCCUCUCCGCAGCUCCAGAGGACGAAGACGUCUCAAUUAACAACAGGCGGGGAGGUAGCGCUGCAUCGCUACACUGACCCCGCACCAUGUUCCGUCCGAGCCCUGCAGGCUUACGUUCGGUCCAGCAAAUGGAGCAAUGACAAGCAACCCCUCUUCAAGUUUCAGGAUGGUCGCCAUCUCACGCCGAACGACAUCAAUGCUGUCCUACACAAAGUGCUAGGUCCAAGCAUCAGCAGCCAUUCCUUACGCGCCGGGGGAGCCACACACACGGCGGAUCGAGGCGCCCCAGAGUAUGCCCUGAUGGCUGCAGGCCGCUGGUCCAGCGGGGCAUAUCGUGCAUGCAUUCGCAGGCCCGCAGGCAUGCCACAGCACUACUAG